AUGUAUCUGAGCAAGGCACCGAGGCAACGAGGAAUCGGAAGCAAAUCAGUUGGUGAAGGUGAGGGGUUCGAUUGGGGAGUCCGAGAUUGUCGAUGGGUGGUUGAGGAAUCGCGAGAGGAGGAGAUAUCGACCCCCGCUGCUCCUGUUUGCUUCACCGCCAGCGGGAAUGAAGAGAGGCGAACGGUGGGAAGUGACAAGGGGUGUUCGAUGGACGAAAAUCGCGAGGAGGGAGGUAUCUUCGAUUGGGGGCUGUUCGAUCCUCAUCUGAUCGAUUGUCAAGGAACGGAAGCAGAAGAGUCAUACAAGGUAGGGGGCGGUUUAUUUCCAUCGAACCUUCUUAGGUUUCUUCCUCAUCUCUGGCAGCAAGAUCACCAAUGGAUAACAGUGGCAAUUCCGAUCCAUAAAAGGUAUACCCGAGAACAAGAAUAG